AUGUCCUCUGGGCAAUCCAUUGUCCGGCGCCCAUUGUUCUCCAAGUCGAAUAUCGAGUUGAUCAACUCGCUGAGAUCGAACUUUGCUUCAUUUCAGCACAACCACUCCUCCGAAACCACCGACCAAACCCUGGAUUACAAACAAUGGACCACCGAGGAAAACGACAUAUUGUACGUGCCGUCCUGGCGACCUACGCCUCUCACGGAACCGCGAGAGUCCUACGACGUGACUGUCAAGCUCUUCUUCCUCCCCGGUAUUCCGAGCACGAGGCGAUGUAAACACACUGAGGAAGCGAUUGAUCUAGUCCUGAAGGAGCUGGGGAUCGAGAAUAUAGACCUUUUGAUAGUGAGCUACCCCGGCGUAACGUUCGACGCCGACGACGAAGAAGAGGUCUCGGCCGACGAAGACGAGAGCGCACGGAGUGACGAGUCGGAAGGCCUCGACGCCCAGAUCAAGACGUGGCAGGUCCUGGAGUCGUUACAUGAAAAGGGCGUCAUAUCCCAACUUGGCGUCUCCGAGUUCAGCUCCGAGCGCCUCGACAAGUUCCUGCCAGAGGUCAAGGUGCGGCCGACCGUCGACCAGAUCAAUGUCAAGGACUGCUGCGUCGUGCCGAAAUCACUGAUCAUGUACGCCAAGGAGAACAAGAUCGAGCUGCUAACUCAUGCUGAUUGCAUGGACAUAUUGCCACCCGGCACGACGAGGGAGCUGUUGGGUCCCAGCAAGGACGGAGCCGGUAUCCUUGCGGCAUGUCCAGAUGCCGGUGCGGACGAACCCGGUUUAAAGGGCGACAUUGAGCCGCAGUGGGUGGUGAAAUAUACGGCUGUGGUGAAGAACCGUGGUGUGGUUGAGAACAAAGGCUACUUUGCUGUCGCCCAACUGGGUAACUGCAUCGAACAGAAGCCCGAUGAAGCGUUAUAA